AUGCUGAACAACCUGACGGACUGCGAGGACGGCGAGGGGGGCGCCAACCCCGGUGAUGGCAACCCCAAGGAGAGCAGCCCCUUCAUCAACAGCACCGACACGGAGAAGGGGAAGGAGUAUGAUGGCAAGAACAUGGCCCUGUUCGAGGAGGAGAUGGACACCAGCCCCAUGGUGUCCUCCCUGCUCAGUGGCCUGGCCAACUACACCAACCUGCCCCAGGGAAGCAGGGAGCAUGAAGAGGCAGAAAACAGAGGGGGGAAAAAGAAGCCGGUGCAGGCUCCCCGCAUGGGCACCUUCAUGGGCGUGUACCUGCCGUGCCUGCAGAACAUCUUCGGUGUCAUCCUCUUCCUGCGGCUCACCUGGGUGGUGGGCAUCGCGGGCAUCAUGGAGUCCUUCUGCAUGGUCUUCAUCUGCUGCUCCUGUACCAUGCUCACGGCCAUCUCGAUGAGCGCCAUCGCCACCAACGGCGUCGUGCCCGCUGGCGGCUCCUACUACAUGAUUUCCAGGUCUCUGGGCCCAGAGUUUGGGGGCGCCGUGGGCCUCUGCUUCUACCUGGGCACUACCUUUGCUGGGGCCAUGUACAUCCUGGGCACCAUCGAAAUCCUACUGGUGAGAGGGGCCAAGGAGGAGGUGUGGGCUCCCAGGCU